AUGAUGCAUCAUUCCGGUUUUUCCACAGUCCUUCUCUCUCUUCUCAACAGUUACCUCGCCGAAGCUCGCCCAGCUCCACAGGCCAAUCCGCCUCCAUGCCCGACUAUUGUGAAUUUGCCAGAGGCAACUCUCACUCUUAGUCCAGGUCCAUCCAAUGUCGUUGUGAAUGGCUUUCCUGAUGGCGCAACUUCAACAAUCGAGGCCAAUGGACCAGCCAUCACCAUCGGUCCAAAUUCGUUAUCGUUGAACGCAGACAACAAUGUCAACCUCAAUGGCUUUGUGUUCUUAUUCAGCGACGAUAUGUGUCCGAAACUGGUCAUACCAAUCACCAAUCCAGAUCCUGUACCUGGCGAAACUACAGAUGUUAUUCCGCCAAUUCCAGGACCAACUGAUACGCCUCCAGUUGACGACAACCCUGAGGGAACACCGAUUGUUCCUGCGCCUACACCUAUUCCAGACCCACCUGAGAAUCCCGAAGAACCCGUUGAUCCUCCAAGCGACAAUCCAGAAGAUCCGCCAAGUGAUGACCCCGAUCUUCCUGUCAUUCCAAUCCCUUUACCACCUCCAGUAGACCCAAUUCCGUUGCCGGAUCCUAGCCCAGUGCCAGAGCCUAUCGACCCUAUUCCAGAGCCCGAUCCAGUUGAGCCUAUUCCAGAGCCCGAUCCAGUUGAACCCAUUCCAGUUCCUGAUCCAGUCGACCCUAUCCCAGCUCCUGACCCAGUUGAACCCAUUCCGGAGCCCGACCCGGUUGAGCCCAUUCCAGUUCCAGACCCAGUCAUUCCCAUCCCUAUACCUGGACCAGUUAUCCCCAUCCCAGUACCGGAUCCUGUAAACCCCAUUCCUGUGCCAGAUCCUGAGAACCCGAUCCCAGUACCAGAUCCUGUCAACCCGAUCCCGGUGCCUGACCCAGUGCCUGAUCCGGUCGAACCCAUUGAUCCAACUAUCACACCUCCUCCUCCACCACCUAACAACGAAGAUCCCGAUGAUUGCGAAACCCAGACAGCAAACGUGUGCACGCAAGGAUGUAGCUUCGGCACUAACGCCCUUGGAGUCACGACAACCACCUCAUGCAAAGAUCCCAGUUGCACAGCAACAACAGCUUGCGGCGUCUCCGAUUCUACCACUACCACAACCAUCGAAGCACCUGCCUGCACCCUCGACUUGACCGAUGGCUUAGUACCAGGCUACCCCUUCCCCGUCGACGGUGACGGUCCGCUCCCCAGAGCCGACGCUCCACCCAACGUACCCGCCCCAGCUGAUCCCCAGCCCACACCCAGCGAACCAGUUGAUCCCGCCCCAGAGCCCACCGACGUACCCGUCGAGCCACCUCAGGAGCCCGAGCCCCAGCCUGAACCUGAACCUGAACCUGAACCUCAACCUCAGCCUGGGCCCUCACCCACUGACCAAGUCUACCACGCAGGUAAACUCACUGCAGGCGACGGCACCGAAUCCAUUGUCAUAUACCGUAACCCGCGCGACUCUUUCCUCAACGUCUGCACCGACACUCCCUUUUACAAGGAAUCAACGCUCGUCGGGUUGUCAAAGCUCUUCGACAUUCCUGACUCUGACUACAAGAAUUGUGACUUUGUGGGUAUUGGGUCUGAUCCCUUGGGGAUCUACUGUGAGGGCAAGGAGAGGCUGCCGUGUGUGGUGACGGAGGGUUCGAGCCUGGAGAUGUGUUUGGCGGGCAAUGCGGACACGUUUAGUGUUACUUGGAAGUGCAAUGAGUAGAGUGGGAGCACUUCGAGGUUUCUUGAGGAUUGUUUUGGUUGCUUUGGUUUUUGAAUAUGACGAGGACUUUGGAGGCAAGAGUGGUACGCGUUGAUUUUAGUGCACGUUAUAUAGGAUGCAGGAGUACUGGGUGUUAGAG